AUGGCAAUCGUAAUCGACCCCGCUUCUCAGUCAUCCGACGACGACGCUAGGUCCAACACAUCGUCGGAACUGACAGAACUAGACCCUGGCGAUUUUCCCCAGUAUUUUCGUGAAAACCUAGGGCGACUCUUCCAUUCUCAUGGUCAAUCCCCGUAUCCCUUGCCGGUGGAUGCGGCGGAACAGCAUAGAUUGAACAGACAACAUGCUCUUCUUCAAUCCUUGAUCCGCGGCCUGUUCGUUGGGCCAGUGAACCAGGCACUUAGCGGUAUUAAUGGGAGGAAGAAUGCAGUGGAUCUAUGCACGGGUACCGGCAAAUGGGUUAUGGAUAUGGCAUUGAUGUUUCCUCAUGUUAAGUUUCAUGGCCUGGACAUUGUGCCUAUUCAGACCAGGCAUCCUUUACCCAAUGUCUAUUUCGUGAUCCACGAUGUAGCUGCAGGGUUGGACUAUACCUCUGGAACUGUUGAUCUUGUCCAUGCCCGAGAUAUUUCAUAUGCUGUUCGUAACUACCAUCAACUCUUGUGUGAAGUUAUGCGCGUUCUGCGCCCCGGGGGUCUCUUCGUAGCUGGCGAGUGGGCUCCGUAUCCUAGUAUGGGCAAUAUCUACAACAUCCGGGAUUAUGCUCCGCGCACAUGGGAGUACUUCGACCUCCUUCGGAUGGUUCUGUCUAAUCGCGAAAUCUCCACUGUUCCCACUAUGAUUCGCCCCUGGAUGGAACAGCUGGGAUUUGUGAACAUUGAAGUACGGGAGUAUAGGUUACCCGUGAAUGGUCGACAUGCCACCUCUUUCACGCGACGUACCAACGCAAAUUUGCAGGUAUAUGUGGAAUCACUGCAACCGAUGAUGGCUGAUGCAGGAUAUGGGUCUCGUGCGCGGAGCCUUGCAAACUUGAUGUUCGGAGAGAUCAGUCGAGUGGACGGAAUAUUCUUCACCUAUUAUGCCAUUCACGGCGCGCGUCGGGCCAGGGCUUGA